AUGAGGCAGAUCCUACUUCUACUACUCGUCAUCUGCGUUGAGGUAUCUUAAAGAAGGAAAGAUUUUUAUUUUAAGCCUUGGCUUUGAGAACCAAAAAAUAACUGUUUUUUUUCAAAUCUAUUUCAUACUUUCUUCUUAUUUUGUUUUUCUGGUGACUUGGGACUCACAAAAAAGGAAACAAAGCGGUUAAUUUCCCCAGCUGAUUUGGUUCUUACGGUAUCCUGCAUUUUCAUAAAAAGGAAAUACCUCAAAAGUCUCAAAAUUUCGCAUCGCGGUAUGACAGAAUAUACCAAUCGAAUGAAUAGUAUGAGUCUUGAAAAUUGCGCCAGUUUGAAGUGAACAUUCUACGAUCCGUUGAGUCAUUGUUCGGGACAGCUCUGAAGGGAGCAUAACUUUUUUCAAACUAUUUUAUUCAGAAAAAUUGGCAUUUCAAAUAAGCUUCUACCUGUUGAGAAUAAUUUUUUACUGAGAACGGUAAACUAAAGAAUCUUCAGGUAUCUUCAGACUUUGAUUUAAAUUAUCUUGUACUGUUCUGAACCAGAAAACUGAAUCAACUUGACAUUUCAGUUUAACUCGGCUCUUUUAUUACGAGUUAAUGAAUUUGGACUUCACGAAGCUGCAAACUUCACGCGACAAUGGCUGACGAUGGCAGGACCUCAUAUGAAACUUCCUGACAUUCGGGUUCAUUUGCUUUAUGUUAUUUCUCAACCCUUGAGCAUUGAAGCAAUCUUUCUACAACUCGUUUGCCGGAGGCGAGAUGAAAGUCUCCAACAUCACCAUAAAACGAUUUGUCCCGCCACUGAUCCGUUUCCGGCCUUCUGAUCAUUCUUUUCUCUACAUGUCCACUCUGAGUGGCUAUGCCCAGGUUUUCGUCAAAUUGAUUUCUGAAAAAAAAAAUCAUCAUGCCUUGAAGGUCUCUGCUGACUGGGCGCUGGAGUCACAACUUUUGUACAUGCUAAAAAUUCCACUAAACGGCGAGAUUCACGCACAAAUGACCGGUCUGAUUUCUGAGAUUGCUAUGCAGGUUUCAUGGCCUCUAAAAAUACCUGAGUUUGAAAAAUUGAUUCAGAUUACUCCUGAUAAUGAAGUGGAGGUCCAUCAUUGUGUUGCUCAAAUAAGAGAUUUAAGAGUAACUCUUCAGGUUUUUGUUCUUUUUGAGGUUUUCUCUCGAAAGAAUCGGAAUUCAGGGAAGUAUGGCUGCAGACGUUCUUCACUGGUUCAGGACGAGUGUCACUCGCGCGAUCCGGAGAGCUCUCGAAGAAGCAAGCUUUAUCUCUGUAAAUAUCUAUGUGGAAAUGUGUCCUUCAGGAGUACUGCGAGAUGAUGAGAAAUCACUGGUUGCCUUGGGUUGAAGCUCAGCUCAUCCAGUUCCCCACCAACUUAACAAUCAGCAGCAAUCCUGACGUAUUCUGCUCUCGUUUAAAAAUUUUGAAAAUAGUUCCUUUCAGAUUGUCUUAGUUCAAUCAAUGCAAUCGAUUGCUAUGACACAACAUCAUGUUGAUUUGAGAAUGAGAAGUGACUUGUUGUGGGACGGAGAGUUUGUGGAAAGUGCCCCCGUCCAAAACAGUACUUUGUCUAGUGUUGGUCAGUGAUAACGAGAUUAUUUCAACAUUGAAAAAAAAACUUGAAGAAAACCUUCCAAGGUCCACAAGAAUGGUUGAUAUGUUCAUUGACGAGCACACAGUCCAAAGUAUAUUGGCCGCUGCUCACUUUGCUUCUCAUUUGAAGUGAGUUCAAUAAUUUUAUGAAUUUAGAUGUCUUUUUUUUCUCAGAACAACAAUCGAGAGUCCUUUCCUGCGAACGGACUGCGACGUUCUUUGCAUUGGAACAGUUUUACCAGAAUUGGCAGAAUCAUUGCCAAAUCGGACAUUAAAAGUGGAGGCAGCGACGCUAGCUCCGCCUGUGAUUGCACUAGAAGAAGGAAAAGCUAUCGUUUUCCUCAACGCUUCCUUAAAUGUGGGAAGGCUCAUAAACCUCUCAUUUAUGGAAUUUUCCCAGGUUUAUGCUGAUCCACCUGUCGAGUCAAUCCAAGGUUCUAUUCUUUCUAUCAACGUCGAAACCGAAUUUACGUUGACCAUGGAAAUGAGAGACAAAAAGGUUUGUAAACGUCUCAAUAAUGAAAUAUCUGAUUCUUCUACAGGUGAAAGGGUACAUCAACAUGGUCAAUGCGCAAGCGAGUUUGAUCGAUAGCAAAAUUGGUCUUAUGUCACAAAAAGUGAGUUUUAAGAGAAGGUUUUAGUAAAGUUGUUUCGAGGAUUUCUCCGUAGAUUUUUUCAUGAAUAUUUCCGGUUUUCUUCGAGUGAAGUGAUUUGGAAGCUAGUUCAACAAAUCAGCUUAUCAACCCAAUCAAUAUAUCAAUCAGAUAAAAGACGGUUUCUGGAAAAGCUUAUUGAAAUAAAACUUGUAACCUCCACAAUUUCAAAAAAAAAUUUAGCCGCUUUCUGAAUUAUCUUCUAGUCACUUUUUUUUUCUCAGCCGUUCUUUGUUUUUUCAUUGCGCCAUUGAAUGAUUACAAUUAAUAUGUUCUCGAGCUUGCAGACUAUCGACUUCCUUGUGAACAUGUCGACGCCAUUCCUGGAAGAUGCUGUGGAUGUUCUGAUUGGGCGUGGUUUGAUAGUUGGAGAUCCGUUCCAGUUCCCUUCACAGAACGAACACCUCGGCAUCCACCAGAAAUGCAUCCGAUGGGAAGCCGACAUCCUCAUGCCCACUAUCGCACAACAAAACUUUUUGCUCUGA